CGAGUAGCCCCGAAAGAGUAGCGGACCACUCGGAGGCAGGCGAAGGCCAUGUUUCCCCGACGCAGGCGCUUCUUUUCUCUUCUCUGUUUACCAUAGCGUUGAAAAUUCCGCUGACAAUUAAAAUUUUCCCCAAACCAGAAAACAAAAAGAAGCAAUAAACUAAUAACAUAAUCAUAGACAAAAAAAAAGAAGAAUCGAAAUCCCCUUUGGACGUAUUGCCAAGGCGGAAGUUAGCUUUACUCGACGGGCAGUUUUGACAAUUCGCUCCCGUUAUUGGACAGCUUUACAACUCCUCCCUCCCAGCGACGGAGCCCGCCAAUUGGAUCUCGUCCUCUCCACGCUACUUCUUCCAUUCCAUACUCUGGUGGUGUUUGGCGAAACAUAAGAUUCGUCGGAUCUCGAAUUGAAUUCAUCGCCGAUCAUUAUGAUGGAGAGGGCAGAGUCGGGGCAGAAACUGUACACGCGCCUGCGACUCUGGGAAUUCCCUGAUCAGUAUGUGAUUGAACCAACUGACGGAUCUGCCGGUGCUCCCUUGGCCAUCAGUCGGAAAGAUGGCUCCAUGUCCCUCAUCGACCAAGUGCCACAUUGCAGCUCUGUUCGGGUGCCCAAAAUCCAGACUAUUUUCGGUGUGGUCGGGCUGCUGAAACUCGUCGUAGGGUCAUACUUGAUAGUCAUUAAAGAUCGUGAAUGCGUUGGAUCCUACAUGGGAAAUCAGAUCUUCAAAGUUACUUCUUUGAAGGUUUUCCCUUGUGAUCAUUCCCUGAAAAGUACUACUACUGAACAGAAGAAGGUAGAAUCUGAAUUCUCUGCCCUGCUUAGCGUUGCGGAGAAGACUCCUGGUCUGUAUUUCUCAUAUGAGGCAAAUUUAACACUAAGUGCACAGCGAUUGCAUGAUCUAGGUGAUGAGUCGAAGUUGCUUCCUCUGUGGAGACAGGCAGAACCAAGGUUCCUGUGGAACAAUUACAUGAUGGAAGUCCUCAUUGAUAACAAGCUUGACCCAUAUCUACUUCCAGUUAUCCAAGGGAGCUUUCAGAACUUCCAAGCAGCCAUUGGAAAAGAAAUAGUUGAAGUCACAUUGAUUGCAAGGAGAUGCACAAGGAGAAAUGGCACUCGGAUGUGGAGACGGGGAGCUGACCCUGAUGGAUAUGUUGCUAAUUUUGUGGAGUCUGAACAAAUCGUCCAGAUGAAUGGAUUUACAGCAGCAUGUGUCCAGAUCAGGGGCUCAAUGCCCUUCAUCUGGGAGCAGAUUGUUGACUUGACAUACAAGCCUAAGUUUGAAAUUAUCAAACCCGAGGAAGCACCCCGGGUUGCAGAACGACAUUUCCUGGAUUUGAGAAAAAAAUAUGGAAGCGUGUUAGCUGUAGAUCUUGUCAACACGCAUGGAGGUGAGGGACGCCUGAGUGAAAAAUUUUCGACGGCAGUUCAGCCUGUGAUCUGUGACGAUGUUAGAUAUGUGCACUUCGAUUUCCACCAAAUCUGUGGGCAUGUUCACUUUGAGCGCCUUUCUAUCCUCUAUGAACAAAUUGUGGAUUUCCUGGAGAAGAGCGGGUACCUACUGGUGAAUGAGAAGGGUGACAAACUGAAGGAGCAAACUGGGAUUGUGAGGACGAACUGUAUUGAUUGCUUAGACCGUACCAAUGUUACACAGAGCAUGAUAGGGCGAAAAAUGUUAGAACUGCAACUUCGAAGAAUUGGUGUUUUUGCUGCUGAAGAAACCAUAAGCUCGCAUGCAAAUUUUGAUGACAGCUUCAAAAUAAUGUGGGCUAAUCAUGGAGAUGAUAUAAGCAUCCAGUACUCAGGCACUCCUGCCUUGAAAGGAGACUUCGUAAGGCUUGGGCAGCGUACAACUCAAGGGAUCAUUAAAGAUGGUAUCAAUGCCCUUGUUCGCUACUAUUUGAAUAACUUUGCUGAUGGCACGAAGCAGGACGCAAUUGAUCUCCUACAAGGACAUUACAUCGUUUCCGUAAGCCGGGAUAUGAAAGCUCCGUCUCAAGCCGGAGGACUCGAGAGUGUAGCUUCUUUCCCACUGGCGUUUGCAUUGAUCAUGUUCGGGUUCUUGUUUGCAUUGUUAUCACUUAGGCAAGUUCCAUACGAUAUGAAGCACUUGUUCUUCUCAUUGUUGUGGGCAAGCUUUACAGUGGGUAUUGCAGCUUUUGUUAGGGCAAAUGGGCGGAUUUUCUGCAAUCGGCCUCGUCUGCACAAGCCUAGACAAUGAACCCUUUUAACCUGAGACUCCUAACGCAUACAAAUUUUAUUGUUCAAAGUCAGCAGAGUCCAGCUUUCGAUUUCUUGCACUUUCAUUAAACACAGUUUUGGAUGGGGUUGUUCUGGGUUAUAGUUCCGGAGGACUUGGAAUUAUGAGAUUUUUAUGUGUUAAAACUCACCUACCUACUUGUUUUUCUCCUUUCAUCUCUUUGGACUUUCCUCCUUUCUUCCAGCCCUCUUUGAUUACGUUAGAUUAUCUUUUGUUAAAAAAAGAGAAAAAAAUGCUGACAGUAAUUUGUUUUUCUAGUUCCUUAGAAAGAAAAAAUAAAAAUAAAACAAUAUCUAUACACCCUAACCCUAGUAUGGACAAACAAUAAUUUUAC